AAAUUUCAAGAGUACAUGUCUGCAAAUUCUAGCUUUCAAAAUGAACAAGAUUUUAUGGGAGAGCAGAUGACUGAAAUGUAUCUAGGGAUAUACUUCUCAAGUAAAUACCACAGAAGUGAUUCAACUGAAAGGAGACUAAAGAAGACCAUGACUGGAGGUGUUUUGAAGCUUAGAGCUACAUUUGGACACAUUGGACUUUUGAUGAUGUAUCUCAGGGUGAUAUUGGUCUAUGUCGAUGGAUGGACUUACAGUUACUCAAAUAAAACAAUGUCAUGGAAUAACUCAAGGAAGUGGUGUCAAACAAAUUACACAGAUGUUGUGAUGGUCCACAAUGAAAAUGUAACACGUUUCCUCAUAAAUAAUUUGCCACAAAUAUCUGGCUCUUACUACUGGAUUGGAAUCAAAAAGAUUGAUGGUAUUUGGACUUGGGUUGCCAAUGGACAGGUUGUGGACUAUCAACCUUGGGCAAUAAAUGAGCCCAACAACGUAAAGUCUAAUGAAAACUGUGUGGAGAUGUACAUCAGCAUCUCAGAAAAUAAUGGCAAGUGGAAUGAUGAAGGUUGUGAAAAGGAAAAGCUUCCAAUAUGCCAAAAAGCACAAUGUCUAAACAAUUCAUGCAGUGAUAGAGAAGACUGUUUCGAACAAGUCAACAACUUCACCUGCACGUGUAAGCCAGGUUUGUCGGGGCCGCGCUGUGAAACAGCUGUAUCAUGUGAGAAGCUAUCCGCACCGCAGCAUGGCUGGAUGGAUUGUGCUGGUUUUUAUGGGAAUCAUUCCCUCAACUCAACCUGUACAUUUUUCUGUGCUUCUGGUUACAAACUGAGUGGCACAGCUGAGCUCAAAUGCAAUUCCUCAGGUGCAUGGAAUGCACCUCCACCUUCAUGUGCAGUGGAGUGUUACCCCCUCCUUUUGUUUGGUGGUGGCUUGAUGAACUGCUCUGAAGGGCAUGACACCUACAGAUCUACCUGUAGAGUCCAGUGUCCACCUGGUCAUCUGCUGCUGGGUUUUGCUGAGUUCUCCUGCAGAGCUGAUGGCACAUGGGUGUCUUCCUUUCCGCUAAUGUGUGCAAAUUAUGUCCAUUUCCUAUGGGCACUUUUGGGAUGCUUUGGCCUAUCAAUGUUCUGUUGCUGUCUAUUAUGCUGUUCCAAAUGCAGAAAGAGUAGGAAGGCAGUCAGAUCAAGAACUCAACAGGAGACAAUAAAUCAAGUGAAUGAAGCAGAACACACACCACUAGAGGGCCCUGCCUGUUCAGCAUAAAUGUGUCUAAUCUGGCAACAACUAGUUCCACUUGAUGAUUCAGAAGAUUAAUCUGAUUCGGUUCAUAUUUUUUUAAUAUAAAAACUAAGCAUAAAAAUAAGUUUUGUAUGUGCAGAUGAUUAAUAAAGUCAUCAAUAAUA